AUGCCCUUCAAGCAACGCUUUCUGCACAGCCUUGUGCAAAUUUCAAGAGUUGAUGGAACCCCGAAUGUGCGCGCAUCUAACGCUGUAACAAAUUCCCCCAGAAAUUCUAUAAAUAAUAACAAUGUUUCUCUAACAACUUUUGGCAAACAAAGAGAAAGAAAUGGAAAAACAUCCCAGAAAAAACCAGCAAAACAACAACAAAUAAUAAAAACAACGCCAAAACCAGAAGAAACUACACAGAAUUACAACAACAUAAUUAGACAAAAACAUUUAGAACUACAAGAACGAGAACGUUUAAUUAGAGAAAGAGAACAGAGGCAAAGGGAAAACGAAGAAAAACAACGCAAAUACUGGUUAGAACAACAACAAAAACUUCAACAAUUACAACAAAAACAUGUUUAUACAACAACGCCAACAGUUUCUUCAAAACACAAAACUCGUCAAUUCCCCGAACCUACAACUCGCUUACCUGUUAAUUAUGCAUCAGAUCCUUACAAAAAUAAAAACAAUAAUUAUUUUCCAAGAAGGGAAGAGCAACAAAAACAAAACAGAAUUUAUCCUUCCCCAACUCCUCCAAAACCUGUUGUUGUUGCUGGACCAUCAAAUCAACGAAUUCCAACAGUUAAUAACCGAGAACUGUUGAAUAAAAGCCCAGAACCAGCCCCUCUUUACCCAGAAGGGAGUGAAAACAACAACAAUAACAACAAUUUAAGUGAAGAUACUCAAGAUUAUUACAAUUAUGAAGAAGUAUGGACAACAGAAUCCCCUCCCCAAAAUCUCCAAAUACCAAAACCUAUAACAACAAAAGUAGAACCAACACAACCUUCCUCCUCUUCUUCCUCUUCCUCAACAAACCAACAAGACAAAAACUUUGGUUUUGAAUUACCCUGUACAGGCUUUUCUGAUGAAAGUUGUUUCCAACAACAAACACAACUUCGCCCAAACGAAAUACAUCGUUGUUGUCGAGGCAGAAUAUUAUUUUCUGAUUUGUGUGUUUCUGGAAAAUGUUCUAACACAACAAUCCAACUUUGUUGUAUUCAACGUUUUUUACAAGCAAAGUUAACUUGCUGUUCCGAUGAACGCUUGGCAGAGACUAAAACUGGGGACCAUUUUUCUCGUUGUUGUUUUGAUAAUUUUGUGGAUAGUGACGAUGUUUGUUGUCCUAGAGAAUAUGCUAAUGAACAAUGGAGAAGUGUACAUGAAUUGUGUUUACCUAAUGUUGAGAUGGACUUAAGUGAAGUUAAAGUACCCGUUCCGUUGAUGGGAACUUCUCUUAUUACGGAAUUCGACUUUGCCAAAACAGACAAAUGGCGUUUUGAAUGCCGUUACGGAGGACAUACAAGACAAUUUAGCUAUUUUGAACAACCUACAAGUCAAGAAGGAGAGGAAAAUAAUGAGGGAGAAAGUGAGGAAAUUAAUUGA